AAAGCACAGUAUGAGGGUUGAUGAGCACAAAUAUUGAAAUAAAAAGAUAUAAUCUUACGAAUCGUGUUAAUUGUUGUGAGUGUGGAGAUUUUUUUUACAAAUAUAGGAUGGCAACUUGUGAAAAUUGUCCUAGCCAAUGUGGGCUCUGGAGCAAAUGCAGUGUCACGUGUGGAAUAGGAAUUCAAACCAGAGAGUCGAACGAUAGAGAAUGUAAAUCUACACUAUCAUGCCCAAACGACCCUUGCCCCGCCACGAACUCUUCAACUGCUAUUUCUACAACAACAGCGACGACGACGACGACAACACACACUACAGCAAGUAUUGUCAAGAAGACGGAUAAUGUCACAAAGUGGCCUACCACAACAGUCUCAACCUCUGCACUUCCAUCUCACGACCUGGCAAAGGGAGAAUCCUUGCAAGUGGUCGAGGUCGCAGUUCCAGUUGUUGCUGCCGUCGUUAUCAUCAUCUCUAUUGUUCUUGGCGUCUCAUUUAUCCGCAGGAAACGUCACAAAAGACUGGUGGCAAGUAAUGUCCAUUCACUGACUCACCUUGCGCCAAAUGAAGUGUUACCGCACUGUGCUGACAACACGGCGUGCAAGGCGGUGUAUGAAAAUGUUCUGGAUGAGAGAGAAAAUAACUACACGCUGUCGCUGCCUCAACGCGAUGGUUCGGGACCAGGAGAGCAUCCAUACGCAGAGUUAAAGGGGCGUGUAAGCAGUGACGCGUAUUGGACGAUAGAUACAGAACUGCCUGGAACAAGCAUUGUUCCAAAGACAUUGCAUUCUCAGCCGAAUUUAGAAGAUCAUGACUAUGAGUACAUUAAAAAGAUAUGACCGAAAUUAAAAGGAUGAUGGGAAUCUUUGUCGGAAAAGGGAACACAUAUUAUCAGACAGUCUAUCACAGUGUCAAUGACAAAUGUUAUUACCGUCUGCCGCUUGUGUUUAUGUAUUAUGAAGAUUACGUUAUGAUUUUAGACGAAACCUUAAGAGCGUAUACACCCAAACAACAUCACGAAAACAAAUGCCCAUAAACAACCACAUUGAAAGGAUCAAACUUGAAAUAAUAUAGCAAAAUAUAGCAUGCACCAACAAAACACUAACUGAACGCGAUUCUUUGCUAACACUUCAAACGAACGUUAGCAAUUAUUCUAAUUAAGUGGAACUAUUG